UUAACUUCCAGUCACGAGGCAGCCUUCGUUGAAACGGCAGUGUCGGCGACUUGCGCGUGCGCUCUUUCGAAAUCACAAUUUCUAAUACGUUACAAGUGUCGUGACUUUGUGUAAUAUCAAUACCAUUUGUAAAUAUAACUCCGCGUCAGUUUUGUGUGAGAACAUGUGAAUAAGCGUGUGUUUGAAUAUUUUAAGUGGAUUACCAUUUAUUUUUUACGUAUCAUAAUGCGGCGGACGAUGCUAUGAUCCAAGUGUUGGUGGCGCUGCUAGUGACAGCCGCCCACGCACAGCUACCACCAGCGGACGCGCCGCCCAUCGUCAACGACACACGAUGCGGCGUGGAGUGCGUGCGGUGCGGUGCUGACGGGUGUAUCAAGUGUGCUCGUCUACUCGUAUGGCCCAGCGGCUCAUGUGUGCUCGACUGCCCCUCAGGCACACGAGAGUCCUGGGCGCACGAUGACCACCUCAUGGGCCGCGUGUGCUAUCCCACUCACACCUAUAAUGAAGUGUUGGUUGGUGGUGCCUGCGGGGUUGUAGUGUGCCUUAUAUUGGUUGCUGCAAUAGCUGGAUACACACGAUGCAAAAACAACGCAAGAUCACAGGCGCAACCUUUACCUCAGCCGACUCAGGACGACGACGCCCAACUGAGAGAAUUCCACAAACAACUUGAUUGUUUACGACCCCAUGCAUACACUUUGUUGGCAAUAUUAAAUCACACGAGACAUCAAGUGCGAGAGCUCUAUCAGCUUGGGAAUAAUGAUGCCGCCAUGGCUUAUAGUUGCGUGCUGAGUGAUUUAGCAAAGCUGCUAAUACUACUGAAUAAACAACAAGUACCAGUGGUACCGAAGGAAUGGCCACGACUCGCUGCUUGGGCUGACAGAAUCCUAAAACGAUACAGUCGUAUGAACGUUGGACAGCAACAGGAACGGUUAGUGAAUGUCCACCCGUCAUCGCCAAACCACGAAUCGGACUCCGACACGACGCAGUCGUUCACAACAUUCAAACCACCGUCAUAUUCCCCAACGUCAUACGGAAGCCACAUUUUAGAUAAGGAUUUAGAAACCCAGAUGGAAUGGAGCGACACUGGCAGGCCACCGAGCUAUUCCCAGAUAGAAAGAGACAGCGAAGCUAUCGUCCUCUCAGAUCCAUGGGAGAGGCGCCCGAUAGUACGGCGAGAGAGCGUAUGGCUAGAAGACGAACUGUUUGAAAUGACACGACGUCCCCAAGACGAACUUACCACAGAGCUAUGACCAUAGACAAUUGAUUCUAUAAUCUCAUAAGUACAAAUCUCAUUAGGUGUAUCAUAUCUAGAUAUGUAAGAUUAUAUAAAAGUAUUAAUAAUGUCAGUGGUGCUCAUUUAAAUCAUGAGAGCUGAUUUUGUUAUACAGUAAGUAGUAAUUAUUAGCUAAGUUGAAAUAUAUACCACCUAAUAUAUAAAAUAUUGUUAAGUAGCAGUCUAACGAGGGUUAAAAACUGUUUUUAUUUUGUUUUUGUUAUUCAGUACGUUAUACUUGGAAAGUUUUAAAAAAAUGCGACGCCUCUUGUAAUAAUUUUUUUAUAUUUCUAGAAUUGUGUAAUAAAAAUGUAUUGUUCUCCGAGACAAAACAGAACAGAAGUAACAUAAAAUGGAAAUUUCUUUUAAUCAUUAAAAAAUAAACAUAAAAAACCAAAGUAGGUAAAUUAUAAGUCUAGUCUUAUCAAAAUUUAAAUAAUUAUGUCACGAACUUUUAAUAUUGUUCACGAAUAAUUGGAUUCAAACUAUUAUUUUAUUACAGCAAAAAGAUAUAAAGAUGUUGACCGACAUGUGUAAUGUAUAUUUUAGAUUUAUUGACGAAGAUUAAUAUCCAAGGAUGUAUUAUGACUGUUGUUUUAUAAAAGUUGCUAAAUAAAAAUGAGUGAUUGCUUUCA